AUGACCAGAUACCAUAGCCUCCCUCACUCCCACAGCACCAUCCUCCGCAACAACCCUCACCGAUCCAGAUCCAGAGAUAGCGUCACUCUUUUCAGCACUGACCUUGACUCUUCCGAGUCUGAUUUCUCUCUAACCUACGAGUCCGACGACGAGGGAGAAGAAGACGACGACGAAUCCGAGUCUAAAUUCGAAUCGGACUCCAGCUUCAGCUCCAGCUCCACCCCAAACCACCCACACCACAAACAUAAAGCCCAAAAAGCCCAAACACACAGCCAACGAGCCUCAUUUGCCAACAUGAGGGCAGAAAAGACCGCCACAUGUAGAGCCUGCGGGGGCAUCAUGCCUUUUCAGUCCAGGUCCAAGUCCAACUUCGACAGCGGAAUCAUGUUCACCAGCAUUAUUAUAGUCACAAUCAUGGCCAUAAUCAUGCCCACAAUCACAGCCACACAAGACAGCAAAGCCCCUACUCCCCAACUAUGCAUGGAGUCCAUUGGAAUGGUUCUGCCGCUGCUACGGCUGGUUCUCACUCUCACUCACAGCAUACUCGCGCGCAUGCGUUGGUUCAUGGUAAUGGUCAUGGCUAUGCCCGUGUCCGCACCCAUUCCCAGGGUCACACCCAAGCUCAUGCCCACGCCCAUGCUCAACGAUGGGAUGAAGGAUCUCAGGGAUUAG